UGCAUUUGUUUCGGAAAAAGGAUAGAGUUUGUUCCAGGUUGACAAUUUCUUUGUUAUUUUUGAUAAAACCCUGCUAGGAGGUGUAGUUGCAACAUACAAAGGACUUUCACAGGACAUUCACUCUUAAGUUAGCAGUGUUUUUAGAAAACUCCACGAGUGAAGGUUAUAAGUUUCAUCUCCUACAAUGAAUAAACGCAAUAAUAUUCGUUUGCCUCCUGAGGUGAAUCGACUGUUGUACGUACGAAAUUUGCCCUAUAAAAUUACAUCGGACGAAAUGUAUGAUAUUUUUGGAAAAUUUGGAGCGAUAAGGCAAAUUCGCGUUGGUAAUACACCGGAGACUCGUGGAACAGCCUUUGUUGUCUACGAAGAUAUAUUCGAUGCUAAGAAUGCAUGUGAUCACCUGUCUGGUUUCAACGUUUGUAAUCGCUAUCUCGUUGUGUUGUACUACCAAUCGAAUAAAGCUUUUAAACGCCUGGAUGUGGAUAAAAAACAAGAAGAGCUAAAUAAUAUAAAAUCCAAAUAUAAUUUAAAGACGCCUGAGGCACCUUAAGAACUCACUUGCGUUGGAAAGGAGCUGAGAGAGAACUUGGCACUAUGGAGUCAGACUAUCAUCGUAAACAAUUUUAGUUUUUCACGUUCUACUGUAUUUCUCAUGAUUUUUCCAAAAUAUGAAGGCGUCGAACUCAAAUAUUUUUGUUUUAGAGUUACCAACUAAAUAUAUUUUAAUUUCUUAAUCAGAAUUAGCUCAGCUAAUGCUGUACUGCACAAUUCUUAAUCAUGCAUACUAUGAUUCUACAUAGUUCGUGCAAUUCAUAACGCAUUGUCAUUAUCAUCACAUCAUUCAAAUAACAAGCAAAUAAAUGUAAAAUCCAAA